GGUUAUAUCUCACCGGGGUCGGCGACCGCUUCAACGGCACCCAUCCCUCCCCUUCCUUCCCCCCGCCUCCCUGCUCUGCCAUUCUGAGCGCAGCGAAGUAGACGGGGGGGAGAGACAGAGACAGAGAAGCGGGAGGGAAUUUCCUUGUAGAUCUCAUCGCCGGCGGCUUUAUCUAGGGUUAGGGUUUUGUCAACCUUCCGAUUCUUGGUUUUCUUGUUUCCUUGUCUUCUUCUUCUUGAUCUCUUGGAGGGAUUGGAAGGCAUUGGACGGGGAAUGCGGGGGUUUUCGGAGGGGACUUGUGGUUUGUAGCGGUUGAAGAAGCAAAGAGAAGGGGAGAUUCUGGGUUUUUCUUGGUAGUUUGGGGAGAUCGGGGGGGGGAGGAGAUGAGCGCGUCGAGGUUUAUAAAGUGCGUUACGGUCGGGGACGGCGCCGUCGGCAAGACCUGCAUGCUGAUUUCCUACACGAGCAACACAUUCCCCACGGACUAUGUCCCAACUGUUUUUGACAACUUCAGUGCGAACGUGGUGGUAGAUGGGAACACUGUGAACCUAGGGUUGUGGGACACUGCAGGCCAGGAGGAUUACAAUAGACUAAGACCUUUGAGCUAUCGUGGAGCUGAUGUUUUUCUCCUAGCCUUCUCCCUCAUCAGUAAGGCCAGCUACGAAAAUGUUGCUAAAAAGUGGAUUCCUGAAUUGAGGCAUUAUGCGCCUGGUGUUCCUAUAAUUCUUGUUGGAACAAAGCUUGAUCUUCGGGAUGAUAAGCAGUACUUCAUGGAUCAUCCUGGUGCUGUGCCUAUUACCACUGCUCAGGGAGAAGAGCUGAGGAAGCUAAUAGGUGCUCCUAUCUAUAUCGAGUGCAGUUCAAAGACACAGCAAAAUGUUAAGGCAGUCUUCGAUGCAGCCAUUAAAGUUGUACUUCAGCCCCCUAAGCAAAAGAAGAAGAAGAAGAGAAAGGCACAGAAGGCCUGUUCCAUUUUGUGAACGAAGGGAAACAGAGGAAUGACGACCCACUGGCUAUCACUGUUGCAUUCGCUUGCUCUAUCAAAGGAACUAGACCUUUGUGUAUAGUCUCCUGACAGCAUUAGAAAGCUUUGCACGCAUCAGGUGAUGAUUUGUUUUGCUUAAUCUGGGUCUGUGGUGGUCUAUGACACACUUGUUGGUACCACAUCUUCUUCCCAAUGGCUUCUUCCUCCUCGUACAUGGGCAUGGAACGGGCCAUCCGAAACUCUCUUGAAUGGAUCCUCCUAUACAAUAUCACGGUGUAUCUUUAUUUAAAUCACUAGAAGGUUUGGCUGUGGUGCUUGUUAUUCUUCUGGUUGACUACUGUUUGACACUUGUUCGUGCAAAAACUGGAAUCUGACAUAGUAACUAUAAUCAUAAAAAGCUUGUUUCAGAUUGUCAUUUAUCAA